AUCUUGUGUUACCAAUGACAACAUACAUGGUUUACAAUAUGGCGGACAGAAACCUUUCCAGAAAGGACACAUGAAGAAAAAGUAAGUUUCAUAAUGCAGAAAACUUAAUUUUAGAUAUCAAAUCACUUUUAAAAAACAGAACUCAUCAUGGUUAGCAUCCCGGACUGGUCUCGCUUCUCUCGGAUGGGGGAAGUGGCCCCUAAAGUAGUUCAAACAUCAAAAUAUCAGCUUCAGCGAGAGAGAGAGGCAAUAAGAGAAGCAGAGGAACAUGGAUAUUUUUUUGUUCCCAACAAAACAUUUCUACUGCAAACAUUUUGUGAUAAACAGGAUAAAGAGGAGAAUAAAAAACUAGUCAGAAUCAAAUAUAUCAAACUACCAGGCCUGCAUUUAAGAAGUUUAGGAGAUAUUGGACAAUGCACAAGACUUAGAGUUCUGGUUUUGAACUCAAAUUUCAUUCAUAAACUUGAAGAUUUAGCAGCAUGUAAGGAACUCAUUAAGCUGGACUUGCACAAUAAUCAGCUUAGCACACUGCCUGGUAGUGCAUUCUGGUCCUGUCUCCGCAAACUGAAGCUGCUGUAUCUUCACGAUAACCCUAUUGGCAGGAUAGACAACCUGCAGCACCUAGCAGGCUGUCCAAACCUUCAGGCCCUGACACUGUAUGACACCCCUCUUAGCCUGAAGAAGAACUACCGACAUCACGUAGUCAACAGCCUGUGGAACCUGAAGGCAUUGGAUUAUUAUGUGAUUUCUGAUGAAGAGAUUAUUGAAGAUGCAGUGUUUGGUGGACGGUUUGCAAGCAUGUCUCCUGCAUUCAGGAUUGACCUGUGGAGGCCACUGGCAAAGGAUAGCUCAUAUAGAGAUGAGGUGGCAUCAAUAAAAAGCCUCCUGUCAGAUCUGAACAGGAUUCUUGCCCAUUACUCCCCAGUGUUGAUUGCACAGAAGAUGAUCAGGGGAUAUCUCACUAGAAAGAGAUAUAGGCUGAUACAAGACACGAGAGUAUGGGGAGCAGUCUCAAUCCAACGUUUCUACAGGAACUACAAGGGACUUCCACAAUACUCUAAAGAGAACUAUCGCCUUCCCCCUCCACCUUCUCCUUCCCCCAUCUUUGAUAAACCUCCAAGUGCUUCCAUACCUCCCAGCAGGCCGCAGUCUGUAGAGAUAAGGGUGGAGUAUGAUGAGUACAUGAAGAACAGGAGACCUGGCUCCACCACAGCUCUCAGUGAAAUCACAGCUGUGGCAGCAGCACAGAAACCCACAUCACCUGAGCCAGCCAUUGUUGAGAAAAGAUCAGAAGGCUCAUCCAGUGCAAGUAAAAAGAAAAGAAGCCUCCACAUCAACCUAUCAAAACUGCAGACAGGAACUCUUCAGAACCUCCAAGAUGAAACCACUGCUGUUGAGGUCAUUUUAUCAGCAAGAGAUGGCACACAGCUGGGGAUGGUCAGAUCAGAGACCGAUUUAAAGAAGAAGAAACGUAAAAAGAAAGAAGAAGACGAAAAACCAAAGAAAGUGGUGAAGUCUGUUAAACAGUUCUUUGGACCAGUUGUUCAGUCGACAGUCACACCAGAACCUCCGGUGAAGGAAGAGGAGGAGGAGGAAGAAAUACCAGUGACAGCAUUCCGUUUGAGAGGCCUGCCUCAGAAAAUCCAUGAAGUAGAUCCACUGGCCGAGGUCAUCUUAUCUCGUAAGGAAGCAGGAAGAGAUGUACGAGUAGGAGAAGCAGAUAUUCACAAGCAGCUAGAAAAUAUGCCCAGACCCAAGGUUACGCCCAGACAGACCCUAAAUAAAGACAGGCAUGGCUUCAUGAGAAUGCAAGGCACUAUGGGUUUGUCUUGUUUACAUGCGGUACAGCAGGCAUACAAAGAUCGGGAGCGUGCAGAAAAAAUGGCACUUAAAAUGGAAAACAUCUUGAGCAUGCGGGAGACUAAAGAACAUGCCAAGGAGCGCGUGCGCAUGUAUCACGAGGAAAAAAGAGCUAAUGCUUUAAAACAGAGAGAAAAAGACCACAUGAAAAUGAUUGAGUUGAUGGAAAGGAGGGAGUUGCAAUAUCUCAAUUAUAUUGACAAAACACAUGAAAGGCGGAAUAAGACGACCACGUUUUCAAAAGGAAGAAAUGCUGAGCUUACUUUUGUCUCAGAUUUUAACACACAACACACUUCUGUUUCCAAUGCUCUGAUGAGGCAUGACAGACAAGCCAAGAAAGAAGACACACUGACUGAGAAUGCAGAAGCUGUUCACACUACAAAGGAACAAGAGAGAAACAAACAAGAAUUGGUUGAUAAAUACCUUGAACACAGAAAGUUGAUGCGUCAAACUGAAUCGACCAUGGCUCGCACAACUCUUGACACAAAGAUACUCCAGGAGACAAAUGAGCGUAUAAUGGAAGCAAGAGCUAGAGUGGCAAAACUGAAGACACGUAAAAAGCAGGUCCAAGAUUUCUAUCCUCUCCCCAGUGUUAGCACAGUCCCAGAGGGAGAGUCUCCUUUGCCAGCCAUGCCUGGAAUUAGCAGAUGGGAAACCUCCAUCCUUAUGCACAAAGGGAGAGUGGGUAAACACCCCACUAUGUUGUCUAGUUAGUGGGACACUGUUGAUCCGAUUAAAAUUUGUAAAAAUUGGCAGCCACAGGAGAUAUGAAUAGGGGACAGAACUAUUGUGUUUAAAUGGUGAUAGUUGGAGGGCACUUGUCCAUGUUACACCUUUGUGUUACUUUUUAUAUGUGAAGUUCCUAUUAAAGUGCCAUGCUCUGUUCAUCAAAAUUGUAUAUAUGUCCCGUAGCAAAGUGAGGCUUUUAUUCACAACUUAAAGAAAAAUUUAAGAAAUCAAAGGCAAUUGUUAAAAUAUCAAACCUUAACAAGCGUCAUGUGAGCAAUAAAUCUGCAUGUUGGGAAGUCAAUUUUCAUGUAGAAAUCAUGAAAUUCCAUUAAUUGAGAAGGUGCUAAUAGAAGCAGUAUUUGUUGAUUGACUUUUCUUCACACAUUUUCUUCAGUUUGUUUUUUAUAGUAAGAUAAACCAAUGCCUCAACAUAAGUAUGUUUCAUGAUCAAGACAGAGGUGCCUGGGCAUUCCCAAUAUCACACCAGUGAUAAUUUAGCAUCCACAACAUUAGGAUUAUGUCAAAUAUAUGAUUGAUCAUAUAUCAUUUGUAUACAUGUCAUAUCAUUAUUGCAAUAACUCCUUCAUUAUCAUGUUCAAAAUUCUGUAAAUAGUGUAAGUGAUAUAUGUAAAUUAAUUGAUGAGCUUUAAGAAAUAAA